CUCACACACACACACUUACACCAAGUCCAUUUCACACUCAUAUUUCCCCUUAUACAUGUCAAAACCCUUUACAACUCCAUGAUAUUCUUCAUUCAAAUCUUAGGGAGGAAAAUGGCUACUUCAUUCUCUCUUCUCGUUCUUGUUUUGCUACUUCUUUCUUUUUCUCAUGUCCUUUCAUUGUCAUCAAAGUUUUUCUUGCAUUCUGGCCUUAUAAGGUCCUCCAAAUUCCCUGUAACAAUGGCUGAAAAAUUCAUCAAACAACUUAACUUGUUCCCCAAACAUGAUAUAAAUAUUGUUUCUUCAAAAGAAAUAGCACCUGUUACUGAACAGAGACUAUUUGAAAAGAAGUUGAAUUUAUCUUAUCUUGGUGAUUCUGGUGCCACUGUCCAAGACUUAGGUCAUCAUGCUGGUUAUUAUCGUCUUGUACAUACUAAAGCUGCAAGGAUGUUCUAUUUUUUCUUUGAAUCCAGGAGCAACAAGAAUGAUCCAGUUGUGAUAUGGCUAACAGGAGGGCCAGGAUGUAGCAGUGAAUUGGCGUUGUUUUAUGAAAAUGGACCUUUUCAAAUAUCAGCCAAUAUGUCUCUUGUUUGGAAUGAUUUUGGCUGGGACAAGGUAUCGAACCUUAUAUAUGUUGAUCAACCAACAGGAACUGGUUUUAGUUAUACUUCUGAUGAUCGUGAUAUUCGUCGCAAUGAAACAGAUAUAAGCAAUGACCUUUAUGACUUCAUCCAGGCCUUCUUUAACGCGCAUCCAGAGUAUGUAAAUAAUGAUUUCUACAUUUCUGGAGAAUCAUAUGCUGGCCAUUAUAUUCCAGUAUUUGCUUCUCGUGUUCACCAAGGAAACAAAAAUAAAGAAGGAAUUUACAUUAACCUUAAGGGAUUUGCCAUUGGCAAUGGAAUGACUAAUCCUGAAAUCCAGUUCAAAGCGUACACUGACUAUGCUUUGGAUAUGAAAUUGAUCAAUCAAACUGAUUACGAUGACAUAAGCAAAUUAUAUCCGAAAUGUCAACAGCAAAUUAAGUCUUGCGGUAAUUCUUUUGUUCCACUUGGAAAUGGUGGUGAAGAUGUUUGCUUGCAUGCAUUUCAAGAUUGCUUUAACAUCUUCAGCAGUAUAAUGGACAUUGUGGGCGACAAAAAUUAUUAUGAUAUCCGGAAGACUUGCAAAGGUGACCUUUGUUAUGACUUCUCGAGAAUGGAAACUUACCUCAACUAUGACCGAGUUAAGCAUGCCCUUGGUGUUGGUGACGACAUUGAAUUUGUUUCAUGUAGUAGUAGAGUUAAACAGGCGUUGGGGACGGAUAUGAUGAAGAGUUUUGAAGUUGGUAUUCCUUCCCUUCUUGAGGAUGGUAUCAAUCUACUCAUUUACGCUGGAGAGUAUGACCUUAUGUGCAACUGGCUCGGGAACUCAAAUUGGGUGCAUGCAAUGAAAUGGUCUGGGCAGAGAGACUUUGGUGGUGCACCAUCCAUUUCUUUUACAGUAGAUGGUGAGGAGAAAGGAGUUCAAAAAAAGCAUGGACCUUUGACUUUCCUCAAGGUCCAUGAUGCAGGUCAUAUGGUUCCAAUGGACCAACCUAAGGCAGCACUUGAAAUGCUUCAAAGGUGGACACAAGGCAAAUUGUCCUUGUAAUAAGGUCAUCUAGGUCACAUGUGAACCAUCAAACUUAAAAACACACUUUAGUGAGAAAGAUAUUACUAACAGUUUUUCCAUCUUUAUAGUUGCACCAACUCGAAGGGGAGCCUUGGAGCAACGGUAAAAGUUGUAUCCGCGUUACUUAUAGGUCAAGGGCUCGAGUGGGGGAAGCAGCCACUAAUGCUUGCAUUAGGGUAGGCUGUCUACAUCACACCAUUUAGGAUGCGGGCCUGCUGCCCUCCCCGGAUCCCUGUGUAAAUGCGGGAUACUUUAUGCACCGGGCUGCCCUUUUAUAGCUGCACCAAUUCACAGAAAGACAUGUAAUCACAGUUCAUUUUUUCAGGAAACCCUGUAAUCUGUCAAUGAAAUAUCAAAUUGACGUGAA